GCUUGCAGCGGAUUCCAUUGCGAAGUCAUAGGCGACAGGGUGAGGAGCGUUGAUGACAAGACUCUAGGACAAGAAACGAACGAUGAAACCGACAGUUCUGCUGUUGCUCUUGGCAACGUUAGGGAAAGAAGUCUGCUCUCAGUGUACUGAUUGUGAGAAUGGAGGUGUAUGUCAAAUUGGCUUAUGUUUUUGUCGUCCGGGUUUUUUUGGAGAUAGGUGUGAGAUCGAAAUUCAGGAGUGCUUAUCUAAUCCGUGCCAGUCUGGAGGUGUGUGUAACGAUCUAACUGGUGACUACAGUUGUUCGUGUGUUGAUGGAUUCAUUGGCAAAAACUGUCAGACUAACGUUGACGAAUGUGUAUCGAAUCCAUGUGAAAACGAUGCAACUUGUGAAGACUUGGUGAAUGGGUAUGAUUGUCAUUGUGCUGCUUUCUUUACCGGGGACGUCUGUAGCAGUGAGAUUUUGGCUUGUGACUCAAAUCCUUGCGCGAAUAAUGGAGCAUGCGCUCGAACUGAUGUGGGCAAGUUUAGUUGUAGUUGUUUAUUUGGAUAUGAAGGAACCACGUGUGAGGAUGAGGUUAACGCAUGUCUUACAAAUCCUUGUCUUAUCAAUGGAACUUGUGCAAAAACAGGCCCUGGAACCUUUUCGUGCCAAUGUGAUUUUGGAUACACAGGACAGGUGUGUGGAAAUGAAAUCAAUGCAUGUGAUACCAUAGACACAUGCAAGAAUGGAGGAUUAUGCUCAUCUACUGGACCCGGUUUGUUUUCUUGUGAAUGCAAAUUUGGUUAUACUGGAGUGACAUGUGAUGCAGAGAUUAAUCCUUGUGAUGACUCACCUUGUAAUAAUGGUGGAUCAUGUAAGUUUACAGGACCAGGACUGUCAGAUUGUGUAUGUCCGCAGUUCUACACUGGUGAUGUGUGUGAGACUGUGAUUGAUGUGUGUGAUUCAAGUCCAUGCGAGAACGGUGGUACUUGUAUGACAAUUGAAAUUGGUGUGUUCAACUGUUCUUGUGCCUUUGGAUAUAAAGGUGAUAUGUGUGAUACCAGCAUCAAUCCAUGUGAAGACAACAUGUGUCAGAAUGAAGGUACUUGCUCACAUACUGGACCUAAUAAAUUCAAUUGUACAUGUAAGCCUGGCUAUGAGGGUGACACAUGUGAUAAAGAGAUCAAUCCAUGUGAUGAGAACGUAUGUCACAAUGAAGGUACUUGUUCACAUACCGGACCUGGUAAAUUCAAUUGUACAUGUAAGCCUGGCUAUGAGGGUGACACAUGUAAUAAAGAGAUCAAUCCAUGUGAUGAGAACGUGUGUCACAAUGAAGGUACUUGUUCACAUACCGGACCUGGUAAAUUCAAUUGUACAUGUAAGCCUGGCUAUGAGGGUGACACAUGUAAUAAAGAGAUCAAUCCAUGUGAUGAGAACGUGUGUCACAAUGAAGGUACUUGUUCACAUACUGGACCUGGUAAAUUCAAUUGUACAUGUAAGCCUGGCUAUGAGGGUGACACAUGUGAUAAAGAGAUCAAUCCAUGUGAUGAGAACGUGUGUCACAAUGAAGGUACUUGUUCACAUACUGGACCUGGUAAAUUCAAUUGUACAUGUAAGCCUGGCUAUGAGGGUGACACAUGUGAUAAAGAGAUCAAUCCAUGUGAUGAGAACGUGUGUCACAAUGAAAGUACUUGUUCACAUACUGGACCUGGUAAAUUCAAUUGUACAUGUAAGCCUGGCUAUGAGGGUGACACAUGUGAUAAAGAGAUCAAUCCAUGUGAUGAGAACGUGUGUCACAAUGAAAGUACUUGUUCACAUACUGGACCUGGUAAAUUCAAUUGUACAUGCAAGCCUGGCUAUGAGGGUGACACAUGUGAUAAAGAGAUCAAUCCAUGUGAUGAGAACAUGUGUCACAAUGAAGGUACUUGUUCACAUACUGGACCUGGUAAAUUCAAUUGUACAUGUAAGCCUGGCUAUGAGGGUGACACAUGUGAUAAAGAGAUCAAUCCAUGUGAUGAGAACGUGUGUCACAAUGAAAGUACUUGUUCACAUACUGGACCUGGUAAAUUCAAUUGUACAUGUAAGCCUGGCUAUGAGGGUGACACAUGUGAUAAAGAGAUCAAUCCAUGUGAUGAGAACGUGUGUCACAAUGAAGGUACUACUUGUUCACAUACUGGACCUGGUAAAUUCAGUUGUACAUGUAAGCCUGGCUAUGAGGGUGACCCAUGUGUGGAGAUCGAUCCGUGUAAUAGUGAUCCAUGCAUCAAUGGUGGUACAUGCAAUAAGACAGCACAUUAUGUAUUCAGCUGUAUCUGUAUGGAUGGUUAUGCUGGUGACAUCUGUGAAAAUCAGACCAAUCGUUGUGAUAGUAAUUCAUGCUUAAAUGGUGGAACAUGCAAUCAGACUGGACAUAAUGCUUACAGCUGCCUUUGUGGUGAGGGGUAUAUGGGAGAUACAUGUGAGAAAGAGAUCGAUCAUUGUGACAGCAGUUCGUGUGAGAAUGGAGGAACAUGUAAUAAGACUGGGCCAGGGAUGUCAGAGUGUGUAUGUCCAAAUUUCUAUACGGGUGAAGUAUGUGAGACAGUGAUUGAUGUGUGUCAUUCAAAUCUUUGUCAGAACAAUGGUAGUUGUACGACUAUUGCAGUUGGCACAUUCAACUGUUCUUGUGCAUUUGGAUAUAAAGGAAAUUUAUGUGAAGCAGAGAUUGAUCCAUGUGAAGACAACGUGUGUCACAAUGAAGGUAAUUGUUCGCAUACUGGACCUGGUAAAUUCAAUUGUACAUGUAAGCCUGGCUAUGAGGGUAACACAUGUAAUAGAGAGAUCAAUCCAUGUGGUGACAACGUGUGUCACAAUGAAGGUAAUUGUUCGCAUACUGGACCUGGUAAAUUCAAUUGUACAUGUAAGCCUGGCUAUGAGGGUGACACAUGUUCUGUAGAGAUUGAUCCAUGUGAUAGUAAUCCAUGUGAGAAGGGAGGAACAUGUACACGAACGUCACAUCUCGAGUUCAGUUGUGUGUGUGCGGAGGGCUAUACUGGAGCGACUUGUGUUGCAGAGAUUCCUAUAAUGACAACACUGCAAUCAACAUUGUAUUCAACAAUAUCAUCUACCAUCAAGCCAACUUCAACGUUUGUUCCAUCUUCUCCAAGUACGACACCAACAGUUACAUUAACAUCUAGUCGUUCAAUCAUACCACCUUUUCCACCACCUCCUCCUUCUCCAAGUAUGACACCAUCACCUUCUCCUCCUCCUCCUCCUCCAAGUAUGACACCAUCUGUAACAGUUACACCAACCUCUGUUACUUCAAGUCCAUCACCUCCAUCACCACCUCCUCCUCCUCCUCCUCCAAGUAUGACACCAUCUGUAACAGUUGCACCAACCUCUGUUACUUCAAGUCCACCACCUCCAUCACCACCUCCUCCUCCAAGUUUAACUGUAACUGUACAACCAACGCCAUCUCGGCGUCCUCCUCCACCAUUUCCACCUCCCUUUCCUCCAAGUUUACAGACAGUGACCGUCACGUCUACACCAACAGUAAGUGUGCCUGACACUCCAACAAUCACUGUGUCUGUCAGCCCAACAAUCACUGUGUCUGUCAGCCCAACAUUUCGUCCACGUCCUCCACCAGUUCCACCUCCUCCUCCUCCCUCUAUUUUUCCAACUAUGUCUGUUACCUCAACUUCUGUUCCAACAUUUUCUCCAUCAGUACCUCCAUCCUCACGUUCAUCUCCAGAACCCACAGAAACACCCACACCAACAGAAACUUCUACAGAAACACCCACUGCAACUGCUUCCUCAACACCAACCGAAAUUUCUACAGAAACACCCACUCCAACUGCUUCCUCAACACCAACUGAAAUUUCUAUAGAAACACCCACUGCAACUGCUUCUUCAACACCAACAGAAAUAUCUACGAAAAUGCCCACCAUGAAUGCUACUUCUCCACGAACAGCAGGUCCAACAGAGCCACCAUUAUGUACUUUGAAUCCUUGUAAGAAUGGCAUUUGUAUUGACUCGGAUGACAGGCGGUCACAUACGUGCAAAUGUUUCUAUCCGUUUGGCGGGACGAACUGUGAUCAAGAGACACAACUUAUUGCACCUCAGUUCCGAUCUGGUUCCUAUCUGAAGCUGGAAAUAGACUUGAGCUUUUCACAAGGAACAUACAUCAUAAAACUAAAGACAAAUGCUUCUAGAGGACUAAUUUUCUACACGAGCCAAAGACAGGAUGGAGGUGGUGACUUCAUAGCUCUCACUCUCGACGAUGGUUUUGUGCAGUUUAGCUUUGACACGGGAGGCGGCAUUGGAACGAUCAGGAGUGUUGAGAGAAUUAAUGAUGGACACUACCAUAAAGUCACAUUCAGUCGAUAUUUACGUCGUGGAGCUCUCACUAUUGAUACGGGCACGCCUGUGGCUGGAAACAUUCCGGGUUUCGCUUUUGCUGUCAAUCUGGCUCGACCUGCUGAGAUUUACUUAGGUGGUGUGCCUGAUAUUGUUGAUGAAAUCGACAGCUCUCUUCCAUCUAACAGCCUUGAGGGAUCGAUUAUUGAAGUCGAAUUGGAUGGCAACGAUGUAGCAUUUGAUGCUGAUGUCGUAUCCGGAUUUGACGUACAGAAUGACCCCGCUAUGGAUCCGUGUUUGAUGUUGCCGUGUGAAAACAACAGCACCUGUCAAGCAACCGGCCCUACUGCCACCGACUUCAGUUGUACCUGUCCGUUCGGCCUGACAGGACAAACGUGUGAUACUCAUUUCAAUCACUGCUCAAUACAGCAGCCGUGUCUCCACGGCGGUGUAUGCAGCAAUAUUGACACACCACCAGGUUUCAAGUGUUUAUGCGCCUUUGGAUUCGGUGGAAGCAGCUGCCAAGACGAGAUUGGUAUCGUAGCCCCUGAAUUUUUCGGUAAUUCAUACAUUUCUUAUAGUAUUUCUGGACAUGAGAGUGAGUUGCUCGACAAUUUCAAUCUGGAGUUUGACAUCCGUGUUAGUAGAGAAGGUCAAACGUCGAUCAUCAUGUUUACAAGCAACCUCGUGCCGAUGAUGAUCGAUUUCUUUGCCGUCGGGUUAAGAAGCGGAAAACUGGAAAUGAGCAUGGACCUCGGAAGUGGCACGUUCGGAGAAACGGCUGCUAAAAGUCUCAUGGUUGAUCAAUGGUAUCACAUCAGUGCUACAAGAACUGGACAAACAGUCAUAGCAGAUUACGGCAACCCCAAUGACACACUCAAUUUUGUUUCACCUGAUCUAUCCGACCGUCUUAAUGUUCAAGGCGCUUUCUAUGUAGGCGGCAUUGCCGCUUCCGUACGCACACUGGCGUUUAGUCGUACAGCUUACCAAACUGGUUUUUCAGGAUGCAUUGAUAACAUAACAUUGACUAGUAAUGCUUCGGUUGGAAAUAUCCUUUCGAAUGCUACGAUUUCCGGUGUCAACGUCGGCAGUUGUUUUGCUCAUGCGUGUAAUGCAACGCCGUGUUUGAAUGGAGGACGUUGUGUACCUGAUGGUGCAAGCUUUCAUUGUGAUUGUCUGAGUGGAACGUUCGGACCUCUGUGUGGAAACCUGUCCAGCCCAUGUGAGAACUCUCCAUGCGCAGAAGGGUCCGAAUGUGUCAUUACAUCGUCAGGUUUCCGUUGUGCCUGCAACCUUCUUCAGGCUGGUCAACAUUGCAACAUUGCUGUGAGUCCUGACGAUGUACGUCGAUUUGAUGAUAAAGACCAAUCAUUCAUGGCAUUUUCCAGUCCACAUGUAGAGGCUUUCCGUCAAAAGUCUGACUUCACUGUACGUGUUCGGCCUGAAGUCUUAACUGGGAUGAUUAUCUACACGAGCCGGGGACAGAGUGAUUUCCUUGAAUUGGGAGUACAAAAUGGCACCGUGGAGUUACGAUAUAACUUGGGGUCUGGAUUGGGUGUCAUACGCAGUGAUACGACGCUACAGCUUGAUACAUGGCAUACGAUCAUAGUGACAAGGAGUGGCAAAGAAGGAUCUCUUAGCAUCGACAAUGGCGUCGCUGUGACGGGAUCUUCUGGAGGCUCGUUUACUCUCCUCGACGUUGACCUUCCAUGGUACGUUGGAGGAGUAGCCGACUUUAGUACAAUCAACAACGCUGCUAGUUUCCGUUCAAGUUUCACCGGCUGCAUCGACCAGGUGACUGCUAAUGGUGUGACUGUUGACUUUGGAAAGGCUGUAAGCGGACGAGCAGAUAAAUGUGAACCAGACGAUCCGUGCACGAAUGUGACGUGCCUCAACGACGGCGUCUGCAGACCCGAUUUUGCUUCGGAAUCGUUCUCGUGUCACUGCCAGGUCGGAUUCACUGGCCAACUGUGUGAAACAAACGUCGAUCCGUGCUCGCUGUCGCUCUGCCGGAAUGGUGGUUUGUGUCAAGCUUCGGGCAGCAACUUUUCAUGCAACUGUCCUGAUGAGUUUGAUGGCGAGUUCUGUGAACGAGCAAGGCAUCUGUGCAACGAGACAAUCAAUGGAGUGUCGUACCAUAAGUGUGCUGACGAUAGGUAUUGUCAUUAUGAUGUUGCAUCUCACACUUAUCGUUGCGCGUGUCCAAUCAAUAAACUUGGAGAGUUUUGUGAACAAGAUAAUACUGGCAAGGGUUCAGGACGAUUUCAUGGAUUCAGUUAUAUUGAGUAUGACCACUCGUUGUUGGCUUCAUCUCUCAUUACCAACUUUUCUAUCACAUUUAAUACGACACAGUCAAGUGGGCUGUUAGUGUACCAACCUAUGACUGAAGAUGAUUAUUUAGCUCUUGGCAUCUUUGGUGGGAAAGUCGAGUUUCGGUUUGACCUUGGGACGGGUAUUGGUCUAGUGUCUACCACUGUUGAUAUCAAUGAUGGUGUUGCACAUACUGUGUCCGUGUUUCGACGAGAGAAGGUUGCGACUGUGAAUGUGGAUGGCAGAGAGUUUACUGGUCAGUCGCCUGGAUUUUUUACAAGGUUGAAUACGGAAGCAAACGUGUAUGUUGGUGGGAUAUCAACUUCUGGAAGUGACUUUUCAGGAUAUGCAGAUCACCUCAAUGGACGUUAUACACAAGGAUUAGUUGGUUGUAUCUUCAAGCUGUCACUACAAGGUUCAAAUGACGAGAUCACUCCACUGGGGGAUCCUUUUUCAAUUGGCGGCAGGGACGUCACAGAAUGUAACUGAACAGCCAAUUCUGCAUGUUUUUGAUUUCAUCUGAAGUUGGGGGAUUCGUAUGGUAGUUAGUACAUUGAUCAACACGUGGGAGGGUGAGAUUAUAAGGAUUAUUCAUAUUGACGGCAGUUAGACUGCGGUCACGUUUCGUAGCUGUAAAUGUCGUGGGCUCAUAUGAAAGUAGAGUUUGUCUAACGUUUUGUUCUCA